AUGAUGAUUCGACAUUUCGGAUUUCGCGCUACACGACGAUCGGUGUUAUCACAGUUUGAUGAAUACGAGUCAACGUUUCUGUAUUUGGCUAAAGCUUGUGAGGCUUACAGGUCUUUGGUUUCCUGGAUCAGUAGUGGAUCCUCACUUGUGGAGCUGGAUGACUACUGGAGUUCUCCAUUCCUUCGGCCUGUUAGAAAAGCUUCAAAACACAUAAAGAUAACACUUUUUCUUUCCUUAUUUUGGCUUCUUGGGCUUGUGAUUCUAAUUAUUGGUAUCUAUGCUGAAGCUGAAAGACAAAGGCAUAAAACUCUCGGAGGCAUUUUCUUAGCUCCAGCCGUCAUACUCCUCCUCCUUGGGAUCACCAUGUUUAGUGUCUCUUUCAUCGGGAUGGUGGGAUCCCUCCGAGACAACAAAAUCUUUCUGCAAGUUUUCUUCUGGGUGCUUGGAGUCAUUUUUGUUGUACAGGUGAUUCUCAUUCUGCUUGAAUUUGUCUUUGAGAAUAAGAUGUUGCCGCUUUUUCAAACCACUGUACAAAAUGGGAUUCCACAUUAUUAUGAUGAUCUUGACUUCAAGAAUAUUCUGGAUUAUGUGCAGAAAAAGUUUUCAUGCUGUGGAGGAGAUGAUUACAAGGACUGGAUGCAUAAUCUGUACCAUGACUGCAAAGGAAAAGGGGCAUUGGCUUGUGGAGUGCCACAUACCUGCUGCGUCAAAAGUAAGGUUGAAGGAGUUGACAACACACUUUGCGGAUUCAAAACUCUUGAUAAAGAGCGUCUAGAGGUCAUAGAUUUAAUUCAUGUAAGAGGCUGUGUUCAUGCUGUCAGCUUGUGGUUUCGUGACAACGUUGGGGUUACUGUUGGCCUUUUGUUUGGACUCCUGCUACCACAGCUUUUUGGUUUGGUGCUUUCUUGGAUGUACUUGACUAAGCUUAGAGAUCUUGCCAGGGAUAUGGUUGAUUUCAAGUUUCGUCAGUUACAUGACAUCCGUUUUAAGGACCUGGACCUUACAGGUGCUGGCUGGUGCCUAUGUCUACCUAGAGAGGAGGGGUACCUCCCAGUUCUCUCUGAUGAUGAUGAUGGUGGUAACAGUGAUAACGAAGAUGGAAUUGCUAACUCCACUUCACAGCAGCUGGAGGAGAAGAAUGAAGACAUUGCUGUUCUUUUAAGUACUGAGACCAAAGAAAAUACGUCUGUUGGUGAAGAUGUUGUAGGUUAAGUCAUUCUUAAGGAUACUUGUCCAAGAUGUGUACAUUGUGAAGUACUCAACGGUAUCCGUUACGGCUGAAAAAAUAAGGAUAAUCUCCGAUAAACAGAGUUGACUUAGAAAGUGGACAAAACUUUUACAUUGUAGCUUCCUGGGAAACACGUUAUUUAUUUAUUUUACAUGAGACUAGUAUUUUUAAGGAUGCGUACUUGAAAAAUUGAGCCAUUGCUUGAAGCUGUACAACUGUUAUCUGAUAGUAGUGUUUCCUGUGUUAUCAGGGCCAUUGGUGUGUUGUGGUGAAAUACGGAUUUUCACAUUUUAUUUUGAUGUAUGCAUUCACUGAAUUUUAUUUUUACAAAACAUGCUUCCCAGAGCCACGAUAUCCACUGUCUAGAAUGGAGUGACUAUUCUUCAUUUAAUACCCCUUUUUAUAGACUACCACUGCAAAUAGGGUAACCUUCUGAAAUGUUGGGACCCACUUUAGUGAGUCCCAUAAUAUGGAGACUGAAUGGCCAAAAAAUGGAUUUAGGUAUAUCAAGUUUAAGAUUGCCAUUUCUCGGAAUAUUUGCUUUUCUGUGAGGUAUCGAGAUCUUGUAGUUGGUAUAUAAAAGUUGGUGGGGGGGGGGGUUUCAAGAUUUGCUCUUCUCCUGAACUGUGUCCUAUUUUUUUUUUUCUUUUUUUGUUCUUUGUGUCAGACACUCAACAUUACGAGUGUUGACAUGUCAAUAGGGAACCACAAAUACAUUUGUUACAGAUUCCAAAAUGCCAGUUGACAUUUUAAAUAUGUUUGUUGACAACACUUUCAUGUAAAGAAACAUGCAUGUUCUCUUUCGUGCUUUAACUGCAUAAUUAUGUUGGCAUAACAUCCAAAGGGGCCAAAUUCCUUUGCUUACAUGAAAUGAAUAUUUGGCUUAUGCAGACUGUAGAACUCAUUUCUGUAGUCUGCAUUCUAUCUCCAAAAUUUCAAGAACUUUCUGAAGCUGUAACUGAAGCAGAAAGCUAAAAUUUUCACAUAGCUGUCUGGAUCAUUUCUUGUCUGACUCUAAUAACAUUCUGUUAACCUGGUGGUGAAGACAUAUAAAACAGUAGCUGUAAUUACCUGUCCUUCUGUUUCUAGAAGAGUCAUAAUUCAUUGUUUUAUCUUUUAUGUUAAAAUUGAAGUGUACAAUUUCAUUAUGGUCAUUCAGAUAACCAAAACUGUUUAUAACUAGAAUGAAAAAUGGCUCAAGUGUUGCAAUGCACUCAGACACCAUUGUUUUCUCUUGAAUACCACAACAGUAGACAUUCUAGGCAAUUAUUAGAAAGCUUGGGAACAUGAGGUGAGGGGGUACUUCAAAAAAUGAAGAUUACAGCAAAACCAACAUCAUCAUCAGUACUUCCCAAUCUACCAUCUCUAAUAAAAUAAUAAGGCACAAAUGCCGCCUGCUUUAGUUAUGGCCAAAGUUUCAGAUAUAAAACAUGUCUACAGAGUGAAGAGAGUGCAAGAUGGUAUGCGGCAUAACUGUCAGCUAUUACCCUUAUGAAUUACAUGAUGUACUGGAAAAUUGAAAGAAUGAGGAAUAACAUAACUAAACUACAUCAGUAGUUCAAAAGGCAGUAUUCCCUUGUCAUCUGUAGUGUGACAAAAAUGUUCAAGACAGCAGAGACAAAACAUGAAUGGCAUUAACCCAGAAUUAUAGUAAAAGCAGCAUGUGGCAGUUUCUUCUGUUUCAUGAAACACCUUACAAGGUGAGGUGUAUAAUGAAAAUGUAUGUAAUGUGAGUUGAGAGGUGAACAUUUUAUAGUUUAACUGACAAUAUUCAUCUGUUUAAGACAUUAAUUCCAAGUAGUUCGUCUUGAUAAUUCAGUUUGAGGCAUAUUUCUUGGAACAGUUUCAGGAAUACAGGAGAAGUUCAUUUUAGAUCAAUGACCUGGUCUUAAUACUUUCUAGUCCCUCGGGUCUCGUCUUGUGUGGAAGAGAGAGUAUUUUUUUAUUUCAUUUUUUUUCCCCUUUGUUGACCUGGUUAAUCCUACUAAGCCAGUGGCCUUUUUGGAGGGAGAUUCAAGGUGGUAUUUAUACUACUAGGAGAAAUUUGGCAAGGGCAUCAGGUGCCUUUCCCUACACCUUUUCAUAGGUGCCAUGAGGUAUUUUACAUCCACCUGAGCUACCACUAACUCAGACAGCUGGGGCCUUGGUUUAACAUCUCAUCAGAGUGUUAUAGCUUGAAGCACAGUCAUCCUGUUGUUUGCACUGAAUUGUACUCCCAAAUAACCCUUGAGCUAUAAUACAGAUGCACAUUUCCUGUUAGGCAUGCAUCCACAAUUAGCUGUGUUUUACUUGUGGAGAGCACCACAUUACCUGCAGCUGUGGUGUCUAAGUAUGUUUUCACAUUUAUUCAAAUGAAAGUUGCUGUUGUGAGCCGUAGCAACCCUCAUUUGUCUACAGAUCUCAGUUGUCACUUGAGUAUGUAGAACUGCUACAUCAGAAAUCUGCUGUGCCAACUAGAAUAUGUAU